AUGGCACAACGGAGCGCGAGUGACAGCGAGGCGACAGAGCGGAGCAUCAACAACCGAGGACCACUGCGCGCAUCCAGAGGCACCCACACGCUGGAGAGAGGCAACGACCCUGCUGACACCGUCCUGAACCGGCCGCCUUGGGUUACCACAACUUUGGGCUGCUUUCUCAUCUUCACCAUAGUUGUGGACAUCCUGGGCAACCUCCUCGUCAUCUUCUCCGUCUAUCGAAAUAAGAAGCUAAGGAACGCAGCCUUAUCUUCACUUGACUCGCCUCGGCUCACCCAGCACGCUCUGUGCCGCUGCCAGGUGAGCGCUGUCAGCACCUUGGCACGUCUAAAGGCAAAGACGAGCGUGAGAAAUGUGCCCAUCAUUCAGGAGACUUUGUUGAGAGGUUUUCAGUGA